GGAAUCUGAUGAUUCCAGCAAAGAUGGACCAAAAGGGAUAUUUCUGGGAGAUCAGUGGAGAGACAGUGCUUGGGGAACAUCAGAUCACUCUGUUUCCCAACCAAUUAUGGUUCAGAGAAGACCUGGUCAGGGGUUUCAUGUGAAUAGUGAAGUCAACUCAGUGCUUUCACCACGGUCAGAGAGUGGAGGACUUGGAGUUAGCAUGGUGGAGUAUGUGUUGAGCUCAUCUCCUGGAGAUUCCUGCCUAAGGAAAGGAGGAUUUGGGCCAAGGGAUGCAGAGAAUGAUGAGAAUGACAAAGGGGAUAAGAAAAAUAAGGGCACAUUUGAUGGCGAUAAAUUAGGAGAUCUGAAGGAGGAGGGGGAUGUGAUGGAUAAAACAAAUGGUUUGCCUGUGCAGAAUGGAAUCGACGCAGAUGUCAAAGACUUCAGCCGUACGCCCGGGAAUUGCCAGAACUCUGCUAGUGAAGUAGAUCUUCUGGGUCCAAACCAAAAUGGAUCAGAGGGCUUAGCCCAGCUGGCAAGUACUAAUGGUGCCAAGCCAGUGGAGGAUUUCUCCAAUAUCGAGUCCCAGAGUGUCCCUCUGGAUCCCAUGGAGCACGUUGGCAUGGAGCCUCUUCAGUUUGAUUAUUCCGGCACUCAAGUACCCGUGGACUCGGCCGCAGCCACCGUGGGGCUCUUCGAUUACAGCUCCCAACAGCAGCUGUUCCAAAGACCGAAUGCCCUUGCUGUUCAGCAGCUCACGGCGGCGCAGCAGCAGCAGUACGCCUUGGCAGCUGCCCAUCAGCCUCACAUAGCAGGUUUAGCUCCUGCUGCCUUUGUUCCCAAUCCGUACAUCAUCAGCGCCGCUCCACCGGGAACAGAUCCGUACGCAGCCGGACUCGCAGCAGCUGCAACAUUAGGUGAGAUACUUCCAGUUGUCCAG